CCCAUGGAGGAGGAGCCGCCGCCGCCGCCGCUGCCGCCUUCCACGCCCACGCCGCCCCCUCUCUCCGCCUCCAAGAUCGCCCAGAUGAGCAACCUGACGAGCCUGGGCGCCGCCCGCGGCGGGGGCAGCCUGCGCCCAGAGGCGGCCCUGGGUUCAGGCUCCUCGUCUGGCGCUGCGCGGGCCGCGAGCUUCCACGCGGCCGUGAUCUCCUUUACUACCGUGGCGGCCGUGGCGGCCGAGGCGCGGGAGAGCCGGGGCGGCGGCGGCAGCGGCGGCGGCCUGGCUGGGGCCGAGAAGGCCGGGCCGGGCAGCAGCAUCCCCAGCAGCAGCAGCAUCUCCAACAGCAGCGGCAUCCCCAACAGCAGCAGCAUCUCCAGCGAGGAUCCCGUCCCGGCGGCGACGGGGGCGAAGCGGCUGCUGCUGGAGCCCUGGGCGGCCGUGGCGGCGCAGGCGCUCGUGCUGCUGCUCAUCUUCCUGCUCUCCAGCCUGGGCAAUUGCGCCGUGAUGGGGGUGAUCGUGAAGCACCGGCAGCUCCGAACCGUGACCAACGCCUUCAUCCUGUCGCUGUCCUUAUCUGACCUGCUCACCGCCCUGCUCUGCCUGCCCGCCGCCUUCCUGGCCCUCUUCACUCCCCACGGCGGCCGCCUAGACGGCCCCCCAGCGGCCCGGCCCUGGCAGCGCUUCUGCACCGCCAGCCGCUUCUUCGGCUCCUGCUUCGGCAUCGUGUCCACCCUGACCAUGACCCUCAUCUCCCUGGACCGCUACAACGCCAUCGUGAGGCACCCCGGGGAGAAGAUUGGCUGGCGCAGGGCCCUGCUGCUCUUGGUCACCGUUUGGCUCGUGGCAGUGGGUCUCUCUUUCCCUUGGGAUCUCUUGGGGGGCUCCGAGGGGGAGUGGGGCGAGGAUGCUCAAGUCGGACCGAAGCAGAGUUUCCACCGCUGCCUAUACAUCUCCUAUCCGGGUCCCUCCCGCCUGGGUCCCACCUACAACGUCUGGCUGAUCGUGACCUGUUACCUGUUUCCCUUUGGGAUCAUGUGCUUCUGUCUCUAUCAGAUUUGCAAGACCGUGAGGUUGUCGGAAAUUAGAGUGCGGCCGGUGACAACCUACGCCCACCUGUUGCGCUUCUACAGAGAAAUGCGCACAGCGACCACUGUGCUCAUCAUGAUUGUUUUCAUUAUUUUCUGCUGGGGACCCUACUGCCUCCUGGUGCUGUUCACAGCUGCAGCCGGGGCUGCAGGUGCCCAGACACCUCCAUUCCACCCGGUCCUGAAUACCAUAGCCAUAUGGAUGGCCUGGGCAAAUGGAGCCAUAAACCCUCUCAUAUAUGCCAUCCGCAACCCCAACAUUUCCAUACUGCUGAGGCACAAACGGGAGGAAGGCUACAGGACUAGAAAUGUAGCCGCCUACUUGUCUAGCCACAACCGAAAUCUGGAGGCCAGAAGCGUGGCUAAUCGUCUCCGAGAACGCUAUACCCACAGGCUUGGCGUGUGCACUAGAGUGUCCUCUUGCAGUUCUACUAAUGGCGGAGGAGGAGGGGAUGUGGCCAUGUGGGCUUGUAGAAAUCCAGCCCUACUCUUCUGCCGAGAUGGCCUGCCAGACACCUCAUCUGAAGUAGCCAUGCAGGGUAAAACGGCAGACACUAGUCUCUAAAAGUGUGUGCAUGGAUCAAACCAAGAGCUACCAACAGGAGUAUUCCAUCCUUUACAUUUUGGGGCUAGGGGAAUUCCAUUGAGGAUCACUGGAGUCCCUGAGAACCAAACAUUUUACGCUGAAAGAAAACAAGAGAGGGUAGUACUUGCCGUUUCCAGAAAGGCUGAUUCACACACACACACACACACACACACACACACUUAUGUUUUUGCAAAAGUGCCAAGACUGAUGUA